CGCGCAGAAUUUCCCCUUUCCUUUCGCCGGCCUACGAACGGGCACAUCACACAUCUCUGUCGUCAUCCCGACCCCCGGAAGUGAAUCCGCCGCUCCCCUCCGCCGCCGGCGACGAAACCGCAGGCGCGGGAAGAACCGCGAAUGGAGGGUGCGGUGACGGAGAAUGCGGCGGCGCCCGUGGGCGCUGCGGCCCCGGAAGCGGCUGUCCACGCGGAUCCGCUCGGGGAGGGUGGCGCGGUGGUGGAGGACUCGGCGGCGCCCACGGUGGCGAUAGAGGCAACUUCUGACGCGGAUCAGAUUAUCGAGGUUGCACCCCCGGAGGACGGGAGGCACGGGGAGACAGUGACAAAUGUAGAUGUCAGUCCUGAGGAAAUGAGAAGCAUCAUUGAAGUCAUAGCUGAGACAGGAAAAUUCUGGCAUGACUGGGAUUUCCUCAAGAGUUUACUGUCUCUCCAAUUGAAGCAGGUCUUGGAUGAAUAUUCUGAGGCUCAAAUGGCGAGCCAAGAUGAUGUACAGCAACAGAGGUCUUUUUCAGGGGAGACAUACUCUGAGCUUGUUAGCCGACUUAGUGAUGCCCUCUGGAGGUUUGAAGAGGGCCCUCCAUUCACACUGCAAAGGCUUUGUGAGAUUUUGUUGAAUCCAAAAGGAACUUAUACAAAGUUGUCAAAGCUUGCUUUGGCCUUGGAGAAGAAUCUCCUAGUCACAUCUACAAUAGCCAAGUCCACUGACCCAUAUCCGGCUGCUCACGGGCCACCAAGUUCGGAUUGCACACAAAUUACAGAAAAUUCUGGCCCUGUUGAUGAAGAGCCUGAGAGCACGCCUGAGCAUACUACAGCAGUACCAAAUGGAACGGAGCAUUUAGCAGGAGAUGGUGAUGAAGAGAUGGCUGAUGCAGAAGCUGAGGAAGUGUCUCGUAGCCAUGAUAUAGAGAUGCAGGAGGACAAGCCUGAUCAGGUUGAAAAUAUUAGCUCCGAUGCUAACCCUGCUGCCGCAGCUGACACUGAAGCAGUUAAUGUCAGUGAACCCUUAUCAGAGCCGCAAAGCUGAGUUUGAGCUUGCAUGACUAGAAAGCGAUGGAACCAAGUUCAACUGCAGCUGCGAUUUGGCAAUCCACCUGUUGCUCACUAACUCCUGGGAUUCGGUCUUCUCGGAUAACCAAAAUGAAAGGUGGAUUCAGAAGUUUACAGGAUUUAGAUGAUUAUACUAUUGAUGUAAGUUGUAGUGGGCAUUGUAUAAACAUGUAGAUCUUGAUAUGCACGAAUCAGUUUACAUUCUUUGAGUAGAUGUCUGGUUCUAAAUAGCCAUGGUACAUUUUCACCAAUUUUACCUUGGGUGCUAUGAUGCACCAUCUAGGCUAGAAGUCUGUGUUCCGGUUCACCUUUUGGGGUUGACAAUAUCCAUGAUGUAUCCAGAUUAGUCAAAUGGGCAUCUGGCUUCACUUAUUGCAUCUUCAAUAUUGUAAACCUAUGAUGCAUCAUGAGAAAGUGAACUCCUGCAAUUAUGUUCA